AAUUAAAAAAUAAAUACAAAUAAAAGCUUGUUAAAUCUCUAGCAUCAUCUCUCGAAUUUUGAUCUAUACAUUACGUAUACGCCGUGUGCUCGCCUCUGUGUGAUCGAGCGCGAAAGAAACAAAAGCUAAACACAAGGCACAUACAUCUACAUAAAUUCGCUUAAAUGCGUGAACGUCAUUUGGGCAAAAUGCCGCGCGGAGGAACGACAACAGCACGUUAUGAGGAGGAUCCAGAUAAUGCCUGGAACUGUUGUUCCUGGUGUGAAUAUUUGUUAAUCGUAAUACUCUCUACCAUAUUGCUAGUGGGUGUCUUGAUAUUGGCACUCUUCUGGGUGAUGUUCUAUCGCGGCGGCUUCGCCUGGUCGGAAAAGCCACUGAAGCAAUUCAACUUGCAUCCCAUUCUGAUGAUAGCGGGCUUCGUAACGCUAUCUGGAUUCUCUAUCUUAGUUUAUCGUCUGUGCCGCUGUGUCAAGCACAUCUAUGUGAAACUGAUUCAUAUGUUCUUUCAUGCUGCCGCAAUACCCUGUAUUGUUAUGGGCUUCCUCUCCGUCUUCGACUCGCACAAUGCAAUGGCCAAGAUCAAUUUCUAUAGCCUGCACUCAUGGCUGGGCUUCGUGACGAUGUGCAUGUUCCUGCUGCAGUUCGUAAUUGGCUUCUUAACAUUUCUGGUGCUGCUCUGCUGCGACAAUAAAACCUACAGCUGUCGCUCGGCCAUGGUGCCGAUACACGCCAGCCUGGGCUUGGCCAACUUCUGGCUGGCCAUAGCCACCGCUGUGACGGGCAUCAUCGAAAAGGAACGCGAGACUGCCAAGGAUCCCACACUGAGCGACGAUAAUCGCAUGAUUGAGCAUUACAUAACAACUGCGAUGGGCGUCACUCUCAUUCUGAUUGGCGUUAUUGUCACCUUUGCCGUGCGAAGAACCAAUGCACCUGCCUCUGCCAAAGUCUAUGUGACCGAACGCAUUUAGAUUGUGGCCAACUGCCACGCCCAUAACUACGGCCGCCUGCCACAGCCAGUGUUAAAAUAGAGCUGAAGCUGUCUGUUCUAAAAAAAAAAAAAAACAGAAAAUCAAAAAACAUUCGUCACAUCCAUAAACUCUCUCCGUUGUCUGUGUAGCACAAACAGCACAAAAGCUUCUCUUCAUAUACAUACAUACUAUACUAUACGAUACUAUAUACAUAUAUACACUCAUAUGCCAAAUCAAAAAUUCGUUCUACAAAAUCAAAAUCAAGAAUCUUUGCCUACAUUUGCUGCUAAGUAGUUUUGUCUAUAUACAUACAUAUAUAUAUAUAUAGUAGUAGAUUCAUUAGAUACAGGCGAGAAAUAUGGAUAUAAAAAAAAAAAAAAAAUCUUAUAGUACCGCCCAGCCCAGAGACCAAGCAUUAGAAUUUUACACAACAAAUUGAAAUAGUAACUAAAUAUACAGCAAAA